AUGCACCACGUCAAGCCAGAUGCUUCCUUCGCUCAGGCGUAUAACGCGAUAAAAGCGUACUUUGACACACCCAACAACCAGACAGAUUACUACCAGGAGUGGACCACAGUCACCCUGGCCGGAGAGCGCCAAAGCAAUCCUGGCAAAUUGUUGGUUGAGGUUGUAGAUCUCAUGGUCGAGAAACUUCAUUUAUGCCAGCAAGCGUUAGGAUCGGCAUAUGCUAGUGAUGAACACCUCAUCGCCGGUAUCACGAGAGCGUACAGGAAGUUUAUAGGACGCACAAAUCGUCACGACUAUCCUAUAUCGCGUCAAGAAUACCGACGCAAGAACUGUGACGAUGCUAAACAACUCAGGAAGAGCGAUAGAAGGUGCUUUAUUUGUCAUCGAGAGAACUGCCGCUCAUGGAAGCAUUCUGAAGAAGAACGCCGCGAAGCGCAAGAUCGAUAUGACCGCUAUCGACAGGUGGAUGGAAGGAAGAGGCUGUCAACCCACGCUUACCAGACCUUCUUGCAGGAAUAUGAAGGCACUUCGUCGGACGAGGAAGACGAGGAUUCCACUGAGGAGGAGGUUAAGCAGGACGUGGCCACCGCUCAAGCAAGGACUAUAUAG